CUCUCCUACUCCACUUGCUAGUUUUUGCAGUGUGUGCCUUCCUUUUCUUUUUUCUGAAACUCUUUCCUCAGAUGGACACUAUUUUUUCUUUAUUAACUAGUUGUUUUAUGUUUAUUCUUCCUCAUCUUCACAAGAAUAUAUCAUUUUUGUAUCUCUUCACCCCACCCAAUACAUUUUUUAUUACAUGUUUGCUUACCUUUUUCUUGAUUGGUUUUACAUUCUAAUUAAAAAACCAAACUUGUAUGGUGGUUGUUGUAUAUUUGUGUUUGCAUUUAUAAUAUUAUUUUCUCAAAACCCAUAAAGAUUGAAACUUUAUUGUUGAAAAGUGUUGAAUCUCCUAUCUGGGCAUCUGGGUAUUUUUAUUUUUGUGUAGAUUAUGAUGGGGUUUAGUGGAAAUGCUUGUUCUUGAUUCAUGGAUUUGAUUAGUGUAUGUAGAGUGUGUUGGUGUUGACUUGGACUGAUUUUUCAGGGUUGGUUGAAAUUCUGCUCUUGUUGUUUAUGUGUUUAUAUCACUGAGGAUCUCAUGCUUGGUACAAGGCAGUGGAAGGGAGUCUUAUGGCUAGAUUGUUUCUUGUAUAGCAUUGACUUGAGUAGUUUAGUAACAAUAUUAUGAAGAAUCUUUGGAAGAAACUUCACAUCGUGUCGAAUCAAUCUGAAAAUGUAGAAGGUUCUACUUCAUCAAAGAGCAAUAGGUUUGGUGAUGUUUCGACACCUGAUAGGCUUUUACAGGCUCAGUCCGAUAUUAAUUCUGAGCAUAAGGACAAGACAUUUUCAGCUCUUUCCGGGUGGUUGAAUUCAGUUUCCAAUAAACGGAGUCCUAGUCCAGCUCCAUCUUCAUCUUUAAAUGUCACUGGAAAAGAGAGAAUUGAGCAGUCAGAUUAUGUGAAUGGUAAUGCUCAGGAUGUUGUGAGGCCUGACUUGGAGUCUAGCGACUUGAGGGAUCCUAGUAUUGUAGAAGAGGAGCAUCAGAUACAACUGGCUUUAGAGUUGAGUGCACAAGAGGAUCCUGAAGCAGUCCAGAUUGAAGCAGUUAAGCAGAUUAGUUUAGGUUCCUUUCCUGCGGAAAAUACACCUGCGGAAGUUAUUGCAUAUAGAUAUUGGAAUUACAGUGCUCUUAGCUAUGAUGACAAGAUUCUGGAUGGUUUUUACGAUCUAUAUGGUUCUUUGAUCAAGUCUACUUCUUCAAAGAUGCCUUCCCUUGUCGAUCUUCAACAAACACCAGUGUCUGAGAACAUCAGCUGGGAAGCAGUUCUUGUUAGUAAGGCUUCCGAUUCUAAGCUGUUGCGCCUUGAACAGAAGGCCUCGGAGAUGUCUGAAAAUUUGAGGUCAGAAUAUAGCAAUUCUGAAGGAACUACUUUGGUACAGGGGCUUGCUGUUUUGGUUUCAGAUCACAUGGGGGGGCCAGUUGGUGAUCCCGAUAAUAUGCUGAAGGCAUGGAAUAAUCAUAGUCAUUAUCUGCAGAAAGAUCUCGGGAGCAUGGUUUUACCUCUUGGUUCUUUGACAAUUGGGUUGGCACGUCAUCGUGCACUGUUGUUCAAGGUUUUGGCUGAUAGUGUUGGCGUACCUUGCCGUUUAGUGAAAGGACAACAAUAUACUGGUUCUGAUGACGUGGCAAUGAACUUCGUAAGGAUACAUGGUGCAAGGGAAUACAUUAUUGAUUUGAUGGCAGACCCUGGUACACUUAUUCCAUCAGACACAACAGGACUACAUAUUGGGUAUGAAAAUUCUUUCCUCUCUUCUACCUCUUCAGCCGUUGGUUCCUCUGCUACAACUAUGGCAAAUAGUGGUGAUACUAGUUCACAUGAACAACCUUUGGAGCGUCAGGCGCCAGAGCUUAGAUCCAAAGUUAGUAAUAUUAAUUCUGCAGAAAUCAAGCUUGAUGACAGAAGUGAAUUUGUGGCUUCUACUAAUGAGCUAUUACAUAAUAAAGCUGAGAGAGGGUCUAAGACAUUGUCAGCUAUUCCUGAAAGUUUAGGGAAGGAGACGGUUAGGGGAAUACCUCGCAAGUCCAAUUAUUCUUUUAUGCAUGCAAGAUCUCCUUCUUGGACUGAAGGUGUAAGCUCCCCGGCUGCACACAAGAUGAAGGUAAAGGAUGUUUCACAAUACAUGAUUGAUGCCGCCAAAGAAAAUCCACACUUGGCUCAAAAACUUCAUGAUGUGUUACUUGAAAGUGGAGUUGUUGCCCCUCCAGAUCUUUUUACUGAAAUAUACCAGGAGCAGGUCAAUAGAGAAAAAGAAGAGCAGAAGGUCUCGUCUGAAAAUGAUAAAAGGAUUAUAACAAGCGACGAGGUUUUGAAAACCGAGGAUAAACCUGAUCCUAUUCGGCCUCGCCUUUUGCCUCCCCUUCCAUCCUACAGUGCACUUGCGAAACAAGGUCAAUAUGGACGAUCAGAAUCAGGUAUCAAUGAAGUUGGUGAGAAAGUUCUCUUACAAGCUUAUGUGGCUCCCAUAAAACACGUGAGAAAUGUUCCUGUUGCAGCAGCUGCGGCAGCAGCGGCAGCUGUUGUGGCAUCUUCAAUGGUAGUUGCUGCAUCAAGGACAACUGCUGAUACAAAUCCCGGACUUCCUGUUCCUGUAGCUGCUGCAGCCACUGGUACAGCUGCAGCUAUGGUGGCAACCACGGCAGCUGCUGGCAAUCGGCAUGAAAAUUUGGAUGCUAAUGAACCAAGUGCUGCUAUUCCAUACUUUAACCCACUGGGUUGUGCAAGAUAUAAUGAAGAUGCUGAUGGUACAAUCUAUGAUCCUCAAGGAAGUGGUGACCAGUUGCUUGAUGCUGCAAGAGGAAAUCCCGAAGGUGAGAGAAUAUCAGAUAGGUCUGCAGGUAAUGAUAGUACAAGGUCUGACAUCUCACUUGAUGAUAUAUCGGAUUGCGAGAUCCUGUGGGAGGAUAUCACAUUGGGAGAGCGUAUCGGACUUGGAUCAUAUGGGGAGGUCUAUCGUGGAGACUGGCAUGGAACUGAAGUUGCUGUCAAGAAGUUCCUAGACCAAGAAUUAACUGGUGAUUCCCUUGAAGAAUUCAGAAGUGAGGUUUGGAUCAUGAAAAGAGUCAGACACCCGAAUGUCGUUCUCUUCAUGGGUGCUGUAACUCGUCCUCCAAAUCUGUCUAUCGUAACAGAAUUCCUUCCUAGAGGUAGUUUGUAUAGGCUAAUCCACCGACCCAACAAUCAACUGGAUAUCCGUAGACGUUUAAGGAUGGCCCUAGAUGCUGCUAGGGGAAUGAAUUAUUUGCACAAUUGUACACCGGUUAUAGUUCAUCGUGAUUUGAAAUCUCCAAAUCUUCUGGUAGAUAAGAACUGGGUAGUGAAGGUUUGUGAUUUUGGGUUGUCGAAAAUGAAGAACAGCACAUUUCUUUCCUCAAGGUCAACGGCAGGGACGGCUGAGUGGAUGGCUCCAGAGGUACUAAGAAAUGAACCAUCAAAUGAGAAGUAUAGGUGCGAUGUUUAUAGUUAUGGUGUAAUAUUAUGGGAACUAUGUACUUUGCAACAACCCUGGGGAGGAUUGAACCCUAUGCAAGUUGUUGGAGCUGUUGGAUUUCAACAUCGGCGUCUUGACAUUCCAGAUGACAUGGAUCCUGCUAUUGCAGAUAUCAUCUGCAAAUGCUGGCAAACUGAUCCAAAGUUACGACCAACAUUUUCUGAAAUCAUGGCCGCGUUGAAGCCACUUCAAAAGCCGAUUUCGAGUUCACAAGUGCCAAGACCGCCUUCUGCAGCAAACAGUUGGCGGGAGAAGGAAAAGCCGAUUUCUAGUUCACAAGUGUCGAGACUGCCUUCCUCAGCAAGCAGCGGGCAGGAGAAGGGUCAGCCAUGAUGUAUUUAGAUGUCAACGAAGACAGAGGGGUAAACAACAGAGCAAGCUGGAAAUGACCCCCUGGAAAGCCUUGCAACAGAGGCCAGCAUGGGACUGCAGGAACUAAAGCAAGGAACACAAUUGUUUGAAGAUCACAUUGAACGUAUACUUCAGUUGACUUGAUUGUGAUAUUUCUUCCAUUCUUUGCCCUCUAUAUUUGGUUUGGUUGUGGCACCGCCCUCAGUGCCAUGUAUCAUCCUGUAAAACAUGUUCAAAUUUGUUGUAAUCAAGGUUUCAAAGUUUUGGGUC